GAUUUUAAAAAAACCUUCCACUGCCCCUGCCAGUCUCUGUUCCCUCUCCUUCUGUCCCAUCUGCACUUUUUCCUCUUCAUCUCGGGCUGUGCACCCUCGACUGAAGUGCAGCCAUGCAGGUGUCCAUCGCCUGCACGGAUCACAACCUGAAGAGGGGGAAUGGCGAGCACAGCAAGCAGAGCGCCACCAGCCCCAACGUGGUCAACCAAGCCAGGGCCAAGUUCCGUACUGUGGCCAUCAUCGCUCGCAGCUUCGGCUCCUUCACUCCACGCCACAUUUCACUAAAGGAGUCAACAGGGAAGCACACUGGCAUGAAGUACAGGAACCUUGGCAAGUCAGGACUCAGAGUAUCUUGCUUAGGACUGGGUACUUGGGUGACGUUUGGGGGACAGAUAACAGACGAGGUUGCAGAGCAGCUAAUGACUAUUGCUUAUGAAAGUGGAGUCAACCUGUUCGACACAGCUGAGGUCUAUGCGGGCGGCAGGGCCGAAAUCAUUCUAGGAAACAUCAUCAAGAAGAAAUGUUGGAGGCGGUCCAGCUUGGUGAUUACAACUAAACUCUAUUGGGGAGGAAAAGCAGAGACAGAGAGAGGACUGUCAAGAAAACACAUUAUUGAAGGUCUAAAAGGCUCCCUACAAAGGAUGCAGCUGGAGUAUGUAGAUGUUGUUUUUGCCAACCGCCCUGACAGCAAUACUCCCAUGGAGGAGAUUGUUCGGGCCAUGACCUAUGUGAUCAACCAAGGUAUGGCCAUGUACUGGGGGACGUCUCGGUGGACGGCCAUGGAGAUCAUGGAGGCGUAUUCAGUGGCAAGACAGUUUAAUCUCAUCCCUCCUGUGUGUGAGCAGGCAGAGUAUCAUCUCUUUCAGAGGGAGAAAGUAGAAGUUCAGCUGCCUGAACUUUACCAUAAAAUAGGGGUUGGGGCGAUGACGUGGUCACCGCUGGCGUGCGGCAUCAUCACAGGAAAAUAUGAAAAUGGCAUUCCUGAAUCUUCCAGGGCCUCCAUGAAGGCGUAUCAGUGGUUGAAGGAGAAAAUAGUGAGUGAGGAUGGGAGGAAGCAGCAAGCCAAGCUGAAAGAGCUCAACCACAUUGCAGAGAAGCUGGGCUGCACUCUGCCUCAGCUGGCUGUGGCGUGGUGUCUAAGAAAUGAGGGAGUAAGUUCAGUUCUUCUGGGAACAUCCAACCCUGAGCAGCUCACUGAGAACCUCGGGGCCAUACAGGUCCUUCCUAAGAUGACGUCUCAUGUAGUGUCUGAAAUCGACCACAUCCUGGGCAACAGACCGUACAGUAAGAGGGACUACCGCUCUUAGACCAGGCCGGUUGGACUACGGAGAGGUCAGCCUGCCUGCUCACCUAGCUACUUAACCAUACUGCUAGCAUGGACCCACCGUUCAAUGUUAAAGUCCAUGGUUCUGUCCUUGGGCCCCACUCAGCUCCAGCCCACUUCAGCCUGGAACAGACAGCCUCCCUAAGCACUGCAUAACUGUAACCUCGUCCGUUUGAGACAUGGCCCACUCAGAUCAGCUCUGCCAGGUUCAUCUCAGGUCCAGUCCAGCUCAGCCAAGAGACGCUUACCAAACUCAGCUUUUUGCAGCUUCAAACGCGACUCAGUGGAUCAGAGUUCCCAACUAAGUUAGCCCUGUUCACCACCAGUCCAUUCAAAUAUAACUAUGCAGAGCUCAGUCUUGCCCAUGUCACGUAUCAGAUGAACCAUCCAGAGUACAGUAUGUCGAUUCAACCCCAUCCGGGGCCUCAUUAAGAAAUUCAGUGUAUUAAAUUCACCUCUAUUAGAUAGAAAGCCAUACGAGAACAACUCCUAAUAUGCACACCGCCAUAAUUUUACAAAUUUACGGUUAAGUAAAAGUGCCUUGCUCAAGGGCACCUUGAGAGUAGCUGCUGAGUGAGAUGGCUUUGUUAGUUAUUCACAUAACCUGCUCACAUCCUCGAGGCUCGGCCGGUGACUCAGACCCUCCACUCUCAAGCCUUCCUCUUUAACAUCCAGACUUCCACCCACAGGUAAUUUCAUUUGAGCACAAAUUGAGCACAUAUUUUAUUCAUGAGAAUCACUGUACCACAGCUGAAUACCUUAGGAAAGGAGACACAGAGAAGCUUUCGAUGCAUGAACGUCCCCCCGUGCUUUCAUUGAAUUGCUAUGCGGUGCAGCAAACAAAAUUACCAUAAGAGCUCAAUACUCUCACCUCUCGUGUCAGAGGUACACGCUGGAGUCGUGGGAUAAAAUGUUUCAGUUAUUUUCCCAUGAAAUGUGAGGUUUGGCAAUGGCACGGUGACCUGCCUGUACUUCUUGAAAAAAAAAAAAAAGCUUUAUGAAUGAGGCCUCAAUGAGCCAGUUCCCAACUAGCUUGAAUUAGCUUUCAACUACCUACCAAAUGUACUCAGUCCCAUAUUUACUAUAGUACAGAACAGUAUUCAAUAGAUAAUGUAGACUAUAAAGCAGCAGAUGCAUGUGUUUCCCUUGCUAUAGUGUGCCUCUUUUCCUUCCUGCAAAGCACAUGAUUAAACAACAGAAAGGAACAAAAUUGCUGCGAGCUUGUCAGCAACCACCUGUGAAGCAGAGGGACGUCUUCGUCAGAGUGAGAGUGGGACUCUGCUAAGGGAGAGAGUGAAGCAUGUCGCCCUCGUGUGGUGUUUUUCAAGAACUGCUGCUCUGCUUCACUAGAUUAUAGAAGUGAGAAGUAAGAAAAAACAGUGGACCACUUUUCUCUCGUUUUGCAUCCGUUAUGGAGACAUAUGAGCUGAACCUGCAUUUCUGAUUGCCUCAAUGAACCUUGCACAAAAGGAUUUGCAUAUGAUAAAUAAUAUGUAGUGCGAGGAUGACAGGCCGCACUGCUGGUCGUGUUAAAGGCGAGGUAUUUGGGAUGUGGCAAAUAUGGCAGUAUUUAUUUUAGAGUAGUUAAUGAAUAUAAAAUUUAUUUUGACAUUUUGAGAUUUUUCUGGGGAGAAUUAUGGGGAUGUUACAUGUAUAUAAAAUGUUAACGCAUACCUUGUAACAUAAGUAAAACCUUGAAGAAGCCUCUCAUGCAUACGAGGACUUCACUGUACUGUAUGGCUACCUUAUAAAUAAGAUGUAAAUAGAGUUGUUAUUUAGCUAUUUUAAGUCCCUCUCGAUCCCAUCCUCAUCCGGCUUGAUUUUACACUGUCACGGACAUCUCUGACUCGUGAAGGAAACUAUUUAUCAGGAUUUGUUGUUAUUGUAUUGUGAAGUCAGAUUAUAAAGUCUGCAUUAAUAAUGGCAUUAUUUAAAGAAUGACAAGUAAUGAACUUCUGCUCAGA